GUUUUAUUUUUAGUAGAGCAGGCUGAAAAUCUGCUGUCUUAUCUAACCCUUUAUAAAUUUUCUCACUGCCAGUUUCAGACUUCUCAUAUAUUGGUGUAUUAUUUUUAAAAAGCUUUACUGGCUAUCUCUCCCAGUUAUCUCUUCCAACUGGUAAAUUAUUCCACUAGUUUUAUAUGGGAAAGCACUUCAAACUUUCAUUGCCUUUUGUCCUACUGCCUUAAAAGAUAAUGGUGUUUUUUAGUCAUCUGAGACUAACACCUUCUAUUAAUUGUGUAUUUUUCUUAUCUGUGUGGUUUGUUUUUUAGCACAUGUGACAGGAUGGAUGUGGGACAUCAGUAACGGUUAAUAUAAGUUGCUUUUUUUCUUCUUCUACUUGUGGUGGCAACUUUGACAAAAUAAUAUGAAAGGUCCAUCAAAUAUGGAUGAAACUAAAAGCAUUAAAUAGACCCAAAGACUUUGUUAUUUCAGGUCCUGUAAUGCACUAAGGCUUAAUCCAGAAAACAGUCAGACUUGUUUCUAACAUAGCUUAUGGUGUGGAUGUUCUGGGGACUUUGUAUAUUAACUGGAACAAGUGUGUUUAGAUAAAUUAUCCGAUCAUCUGUAAUCAGGAGCUCUUCCUGCAAAAGAAGACAUGGCUACACCUUGGUAAUAUUGGGUUUUUUUCCUCUUUUUGUCUCCUAGAAAUGGGUCUGCUCUCAGAAGAUGCGAUGCAGUAGAUGUGGUGCUUAGUCAUGGCAUCAGAGCUGUGCAAAACAAUCUCUGAGGCAAAGCUGGAAAGGCACAAGAACUUGUUCUUAAAUUACCGAAAUCUCCAUCACUUCCCUCUGGAGUUACUGAAAGAUGAGGGGCUGCAGUACUUGGAGAGACUUUACAUGAAAAGAAAUUCCCUGACCACAUUGCCAGAAAACCUUGCACAGAAGCUUCCAAACCUCGUGGAAUUGUACCUUCAUUCAAAUAACAUAGUUGUUGUACCUGAAGCCAUUGGCUCCCUGGUUAAGCUGCAGUCUCUGGACCUGAGUGACAAUGCCCUGGAGAUUGUGUGUCCCGAGAUCGGCCGCCUGAGGUCCUUGCGGCACCUCCGCCUGGCAAACAACCAGCUGAAAUAUUUACCUGCAGAGGUUGGAGACCUGCGGGAGCUGCAGACUCUGGACAUCUCCACGAACCGCCUGAUGACGUUACCCGAGAGGCUGCACAUGUGCCUUUCUCUGCAGUACCUGACUGCAGACAGGAACCACCUGUGGUCUGUGCCCCGCCACCUGUGCCAGCUGCCCAGCCUCAACGAGCUCUCCAUGGCUGGCAACCGCCUGGCAUUCCUGCCCCUGGAUUUAGGUCGUUCUCGAGAGCUCCAGUAUGUUUAUGUGGAUAACAAUAGUCACCUGAAAGGCCUCCCAUCUUAUCUGUAUAAUAAAGUCAUUGGUUGCAGUGGUUGUGGUUCUCCAAUUCAAGUUUCAGAGGUGAAACUGCUCUCUUUUUCAUCAGGCCAGUUAACUGUGUUCCUGCCAGCAGAGGUGAAAUCUAUAGGGACAGAAACAGAUCAUGUGCUGCCUUUGCAAGAACUGGCCAUGAGGACCCUCUAUAACACCUACUACAGGUUUUUGAAAGGAGGACAACUGUUAGUUUUGUGGCAUACUGCUGCUCCACCCAGUGUCUGCAGACUUUUGACCUACUGAGUUGAUAAACAUUUCAACCUCCUCAGGAGUGCUGCCAGUGUAAAGCUGCAUUUGAUGCCGUGUCCCCUUGGUACUGGAAUACCGUGUGUGUGUGUGUGCCAAAGCAGCAGAAGUGCCCAGUCAGGAACACUCUGAGACACUUAAAUCCUGCCCUAUCAAAUCUGGAUGAACUGCUGGAACUUUUCAGAAGUGUAAAUACCGAGCUUUUAAAAGUAUUAACUUCUCUCUCCUCCGAGGCAGCACACAAACCAAACACAUUCACGAGCUCUGACUUCAGGAUUUCCAGUAUUUUUCAAAUGUGCCUGAUUUCAGGUUGACCCAUUGCAUCAUUUGAGGCAGUUGCAUUCCUCUAACAGGGAAAAAAAAAAAAAGUUCAGUUAUGGCAAACAAAUUUUCACUUAUUCAUCUCUAUCCUCUUCCCUUCUAGAGCUGCCAUCAGGUGUAUUGCUGUAAGCCUGCAGAAACCUUUCAUGGAUCCCAGUAACUUUUCCAUAGAAUUCAGCCUUAUUUUCUCCCUCUCAUCUUAAUGUUUACCCCAGCAAAGUUAUACCAGUUGUAUACCAAGUCUUUGACAGUUCUCUGUGGUAUUUAAAUCCACAUGCUAAAAGCAGAUCUUUCUUUCUAGUAUCAUUAAAUACCACAGAGGUUUAAUUGGAGUAACUAGGAUAUGUCUGGAGACUGAAGAUCCUGUUUCAGUGAAGGCUGGUACUGAUGCCUACACUAAGGGCUCUUGCUCCAAUGUUUGAGGGUGUGUUUUCUUUAUUUUCAUUGCUUUAUUUUUAGAAAUAGUUCUCCUUUUGUUCCAUUGAGUUCUUCAGGAAGAAGACAACUUUUAAGUAUCAAUUUCCCUUUGAAAAAAUCCAACUAGUAAUAUGAUAGUAAAUCUUUAUUAUAUUUUUACAGUUGCAGGCUAUAGAUCUACAAAGAGCUGGUCUUGAUCUUUUUCUAGAUUCAGUGUUUGGCUGAUUUGUCCAAGUGUGUCAGUGGAUUGUGUGCCUUGGAGAAGGUUGGAAAUCCAGGAGCAGGUGUGUAUCUCCAAGCACAGGUAUAUUUGCACACAUGGAUACCUGCACAGAAGGGCUGGCACAUUUGUUUUCAUACAUUAAUGGCAGAUUUUGUCCAAAUUGCCACUCACUAUCAUAUUUGUGGGAAUCUUUUUUUGUUACAUCUUCUUCAUUUUAAAUAAAGAACAAAGGAUGGAAAAAAGGCCCAAAAUGCCUGCGUGAGUAAACAUUUUGAUUUUAUACUAAAACACUUUCUAGAUUAUUAGCCCCUCUUGAUUUGUUCUUGAAUAUAUAGUAUUUUUAAAUAAUUUUUUUUUUUUACUUUCUAUUUCUUCAGUAUAAACCACUUGUUGAUUUAGCACAGUGUGCUGCUCUGUGCAGUAGGUAGUUACAAGCUGAAAUAGAUAUGAAUGAAACAGUUUGUUAUAAAAAUGGCAAGAUAAAGAGACUUAUUUGGUAGUGUAUUAGCAUAUGUUGUGGUAAGGUGUGCGUACUUUGAAGGCAGGAGGCAUUAAAAUGUUUUCCUGUUGCCAAAGAAGCAUUUGUUCCUUCUGCAGGCUUUCUGGCAUCUCUUCAAUAAAUAGAGUAUCUUAAGAGCUUAAAAGAGUACCAAAAAGGCAGUUUUGAGGGUGGAAAUUUUAGGUUGUGCAUGUUACUUGUAAAAAUCUUUCCUGGUUUUAUUGGGUUGGUUUUAGAGAGUUGAAGUAGCAUUAAGAAAUGUAGAACUUAAUCCUUCAGGAAUGCAAGUAUCAUCUACUGCUUAAGAAUUGUGAAACUUUCUAAAAUAAAUCCCAUUUAUUAUAUCUGCUUUGCAGUAGGGGAAAGAGCCAUGUCCAGGCAGCCUUGGUGCUUUUGGAUUUCUAUCUGUGUCGUUUCCCAGGUUUGUUUCCAUGUUGGAAUCACAGCAGGCCCAACCACCCCACAGGGUUCACUGCUGAGGCAGCAAAAUUCACCUUCAGUUUUAUCCUUUUCCUUCAGUAUCUCAGAGCUGAGAUGUAAAUUGCCCGUGUACAAUUAUAUCUGUAUCAGAAAUGUGCAAGUGUAGAACAGAAUCCACUUUUUUAAAAACAGAUGAUAAAAGCUAUGGUAAUGUUACAGAUGUUAAUUUUUAUACAAUACUCUGAUCAGGAAUUUUCAGUAUUAAUUUUUACUGUGGCUUCCUCUGUCUUUGAAAGAGAUGUUUUCUUGGAAGUUUUUGUCCUCUUUUUAUAGCAGGUUGUAGACUUGAAAUCAUAGUUUAUAUCUGAAUUCAGUCUGUAAAUACUGUUUUGGAGUUAAAUCUGGUUGUGAUCACCUAAAAGACAUUAGCAUUUGUUUAUUUAGGAGUCAAGAAGAGUGAAGCUUGAUUUUAUUAUAAUUAUUUAUUUAUUAUUUUCUUUCUUCUCCCCAUAAUCUAAUUAUUUCUUAUUGAGUCUGUAUCAGUCUCUUUAUUAUUGUCUCCAAGUGCAGUUCAGAAGAAAUUUAACCUGUUCUAUAAGCAGGAUGAAUCUUAACUAACACUUUAAUAGAUGAUAUUUCAAGAAUGGAAUGUUCAAUAAAUAAAUGACUUAAACAUGCAAUUGAAGCUGAAAUGUCAUACCCUAUUUUUAUAAAACAAAGAAGGGGAAGGCUGAUAUAUAGAUGAGAAUGCAGCUUAAAUUCAUGUCUGAUGUUUUGGGUUUUUUUUUUUUAUUUGAACAAACAGUGUUUGUAUUCAUCUGUAUCUUUGGGUGAUAUUCUUCUAGAUUAAAAUAACUCCAUUCUCACUUGUCCAAAUUUUUCUAAAGUUGUUCUGCUGUAAGAGUAUUUCAUAACCAGCAAGCAUAAGAGCCAGCUAUGCAAAUUGCAGAGGGGAGAGGGAGCUUGUUGCAGACUGAACUGUGCAUCACUGAUUCUUCCAAGUGCCGCAAUGCUUGGACUUCUCUUUAGUUGGUUUGUUCCUGGGUAAUCUUUGACUUCUUGCUCUGGUUUGUCAGGUUAGUUCCCACCAAGGUAAUUUUUUCUGUAAACUACAAAAAAAAAAUCAGGUUCCAGAUUUUGAAAAAAAUGACCAUUUAAGAAGGUUUUUUGUCCUAACAGUAGAUCUUAAUUCUUAGCUUAGGUUGGGCGCAGGAAAAGUUUUUGGGGUUUUUUUCUCAAGGCAUUACAAAGAGAAAGGUGCAGGAGGAGAAUGAGAUAAGUCUUUAACCCAUUGAUACUGCUGUAAAAUCUUUUUUAAGUAAAGAUUUACUCCCAUUAUAGUUAGGGAUCACAGGCAUAAUUUUUGUUUGUGAUAACAGGCACCAUGUUGAUAAAAUUCAAACCCCUAUAUAGAGGUAGCUUUUUGUUCUGCUGCAAAGGAAACGGAAGAAUCUCUGGCUUUGUUUAAAAAUCCUUCUGAGUGGUUUUGCCAUGGACACUGUUACCUUUGGAGCACUCUUCUUGGGAACCUUCCUCAUCAUCCCUCAGAGGAUCAGAAAUGCCCUUUCCCGUGCAAAGAGCAAGGUCUAAUAUAAAGAAAUGUGUAUUUUUCUGUUUCGAUGCUUCUCCUGGGCUCUUACCACGGUUCAUUACAAACCUCCUAUUUACUUGGUUGUGGUGAGGUUGAGAUGUUGCUCUGAGCAGAGUGGUGCUGUUUAUUGCCAAGUUGGCUUCAAUUCCUGCAGAUUGAAUUCUGCUGAAUCCCUUUUUCUGGCAUUGAAGGGAGCACAGGACUGUUCUAACACCCAUGUGGGAGCAGCGUGUCAGGUUCUACUGACAUCACAGCCCAGCUGAAGACUGGAGAGUGACAAACCUGUCACUAGAGAGGACAACUGGCUUUUGAAGGCCACUUUGGCCCUACCAGAGUCCCACUGAUAAGAGAAGAUCUUUUGCCCUGAUGUCAGUGGAUGAUGGGUCAAGUUUUAACUGAUGAGAGGGAAGAAUGUGUGUUACCAUCUUUGUAUUUCUUGCAAAAACUGGGACAACACCAGAAUCCGUGGCUGCUGCUCUGUCUGCAGCUGCACUUCCAUAAUUCCAGGACGUACCUUGUACCUAUCUUUGCCUCUUACCUCCCUCUUAAUACUACUCAAGUUGUUGCAAAAUGUUAUAGUUAACUCGUGAUAGAAGAGGUUGAAUAAAUUGAAUCCAGAGUUUUUAUUACUUUUUUUGUAUUACAGACCUAUUUUGUAAGAGACCGAAGGUCUGGUGGAAAGAAAUGGCAAUGUUCAUGUGAAGUCUUCAUUGCUUUUGCUUUUAUGUGCCCUUUCUUGGAUUAUAACUUGAAUUUGGUUUGCAACUGAGUUCAUUCUGUGUCUGUGGAAAGCACAUGUGCAUUGCUUUCUUGCUCUGUAUUAACCAAAUGUCACUGAAGGUGAGCUUGCUAGAAGGUUUAUUUAAAGUUAGUGGUGCAAUUAUUGUAUGUGCUUGUUAAUAAACUAUAUUUUUGGAUAGAA